AUGAAACUCAGCACAUAUAGCUACCGCUUUACGGCACCGCACCCUGCUCCAGCAGACUCCACAGUCGCCCCGGAGGUCGCAGACAACUCCGACAUGGGCGAAAUGGAUGAGCCCCACUUUUUCCCCAUGGUCGCACAGCAAUACCUCAGUGCAAGUCCAUCCACCACCUCAUCUGACGAUGAUAACGAUUCUAGCAUUGGUGCGCUUGCCGAUAACACCAUAUCCCCGCGAAAGGUACCUAUGGGAACGGCCUACCAGCCUAUGGAGCCGGAAGUCAACGAAGCCAGUACAUAUAAGCCCGAUUUGAGUGGUCUGGCAACAAUGCACUGCAAAAGCCCUUUGAGUGAUUUGGCACCGUAUACUCCCUCCCGCCGCUGGAAAACACAGUAUCCACCGAUGGAGCCGGAAAUCGCGAUGGAAAAAGCAGCACCAGAACCAGAGGCUCCAAAGACCCCCGUGAGAAGAUCACCAGGCGGUGGAAGCUACACCACACCUAGGCGUAGGGUUUCAAAGGGGAAGCGGCUGUCGGUUAUUCAUGAAGCUAUAGGGAGUGACUCUGGCGGUGAAGAACAGAAUUCCAGAUCAAGGGUAAAGAGGCAUUUGGUCAAACGUGUGCCGGGCCUGUCAAAAUAUGAAUUCUUGAGGCUUAGGGCGGAGAAGAGAAUUAAGGCGUGGAGAUAUGACUCUCCACAGAAGGGGAAGGCUACUACAGCCUAA